UUGGUGGAUUUGGUGGGGCUGGCCGCACCAUAAACGCGAUUGUUUUUCUUCGAUUGUGCGUGGGUCGUAGUACACGGCAGCGCAACGAUGUCUGGCUGUUGUUGCGCACCAAACUGCAAGUCCAAUUAUGACGGAGGACCAAGUGUCCGAGUGCAUAUGUUCCCAUCUGACCGAGCCACUCGGGAAGCAUGGACGAGAGCAGUUCCUCGGAAGGACUUCUCGCCAACGAAGUACACAGUGCUCUGUGAAAAGCAUUUCUUGCCAACGGAUUACUUGAAGACGACAUCUUACACGGACGUCAAGACAGGAAAAGUAGUCGAAGUUGCCACGAAAAACAUUCGUCUGAAGAAAACUGCAGUUCCGAGCUUGUUUCCAAAUUGCCCUGCCUAUUUAUCGCGUCCGCAAGCGUGCGUUCGAGAAGCGCCGGGUGCGAAAAGAGCGAGCUUGGAAGCCACAUAUUUGCAAACAGCAAUAAUGCUUUCUCAGCAAACCCAAGCAGAAGAGGACGCCAAAAAUGUGGUUGGUAGCUUUGCGGACUUGCUCAAGGCCUUGCCAAGCUUUCAGAGUUCGGACUUCUGGACAGUUUUGAACAAGUGCUCCAAGGUUUUCUUUUUGGACUUGUCACUUAAAUUUGCUCCUGCAGUUCGUACUUCGGUGAUCGUGUCCACAGACCUGCGCGUCGAAGUAUUUUUUGGUGAAACACGUGUGAGGAAGUGUGGUGAUGUGUUAGUUCCUGAAAAGCUGUGCGACUUCAGAGAUUUGAAAAGUGUGUUACACAUGAUCGAACAGACACAUAAGGAUAUCAGCACUGAGCGUUCUGAAAAGGCCCGUCAUCUACUGGCACUGGUUUCGACAUUGCUAGAGGAAGUAAGUGGAAAACAUUUUGCACGCAAGUUGCAAGAAUAGCAUUUGGAAGUGCUUAAAUUCUUGAAGAGUCAAGUUGAUCUUGUUUUGAAUAAUGCUGGCCGAUAUCCCCCCGAUUUAUUGGUUUUUGCUAGCCUUUUGCUCACAAUUUCACCUCAUGCAUACAGAUUCCUGAGAAGUUCGAUGAAGCUUAAGAUGCCGCAUCCUGAUACGAUCAGAAGACUGUGUUCAUCGUACGAUGUACGCCCUGAAACGGAGCAGCAAUAAUGUAGCUUUCUUUCCUAUGCAUAGCGUAUUGUAAGCACAUAUAAAAAGCAUGAAAAGACUGUAAUGUUAAUGAUUGAUGAGAUUCACCUUCAAUAACUUUUUUUGAUUACAAGGCUGGCUUUGUUACUGGUGCUGCGGUAAAUUCAUCGACUGCAGGAAAAACUGCCCACGUAUUUAUGAUACAGAGCCUGCUUUCUUCAAACAAGGAUGUUGUACACAUUCUUCCUGUGGCACAAAUCGAUGCUAAGGCGCUGUACGACUUCCUUCGGAAGAUUGUUCUUGAUCUAGAGGCAUCUGGUUUUAGAAUAAUCGCAGUGAUCUCGGACAAUAACUCUAUAAACAGAAAAGCCAUGUCCUACUUUGCUAAGACGGCAAGUGUCAGCAUUGUUUACCAGCAUCCUGCUGACCUAUCACGACCCCUGUUUUUCGUGGUGGACCGAGUUCACAUACAAAGUUUAUAAGAAAUAACUGGCUGAAUCAAAGAAACAUUCGCAAAUGCAUGUACUUUCCUGAACCGAAGAGUGAUGAGGCUGAACCAAACAUACUUACAGCAUCUUUCAAGGUAUUAUGGCAGUUGCACGAAGCUGAAAAGCAUGAGCUCACGACUCAUCUACUGU